CCCUCAAACCACCCGAGUACGUUAGAAAACCGAGAGCGGGGAACAUUUCUCUCUACUUUUGUGUGGCUCUGCGCAUGGGCACUGCCGGCACCCAGUCCGGCCUUCCUGGAACUGGUUCCAAAAGCUCUCCUACUACGAAAGCGGGAUUCCCACGCCCGGGCAAGUAUGUCUACUUUGACGAGGCCCAAUAAUAGUUCGGACCUGAAGAGUUUCCCUAGUCCCAUUACGUCACAAAGUAAUCCUUCACCAAGUUCAUUUAUGAAUGAAACGUGUUGCCAGGCUCCACCAGCCUUCUAUUCAAUGAAACCCAUCCAGCAUAAAUCAGAGAUAAUCAACAGCCAGCCUCUUCCCAUAUCAGACAAUGGCAAAAGGAAAAAGAAAAAGAGGACAAGAGCUACAGAUCAUUUCCCUGGAAGGUUUGAAGAUUUAUAUAAGCUCACUGCAGAGAUGCUUGGUGAGGGCUCCUAUGCCAAGGUUCAAGGAGCAGUUAGCUUGCAGACUGGAAAGGAAUAUGCAGUUAAGAUAAUUGAAAAAAAUGCUGGACAUAGUCGGAGUCGGGUAUUUCGAGAAGUGGAAACAUUGUAUCAGUGUCAGGGCAAUAAGAACAUUUUGGAAUUAAUAGAGUUUUUUGAAGAUAGUGUAAAGUACUACCUUGUGUUUGAAAAGCUGCGAGGAGGCUCUAUCCUGACUCAUAUACAGAAGCAAAAGCACUUUAAUGAGAGGGAGGCCAGCCAGGUGGUGAGAGACAUUGCCUGUGCAUUGGAUUUCUUGCACACAAAAGGUAUUGCACAUCGAGAUCUAAAACCUGAGAAUAUACUCUGUGAAUCUCCCAAUAAGGUAUCACCUGUAAAAAUUUGUGAUUUUGAUCUUGGAAGUGGGGUGAAACUCAACAGUGCAUGUACUCCAAUCUCUACUCCUGAACUGACUACUCCGUGUGGGUCUGCAGAGUACAUGGCGCCAGAGGUGGUGGAAGUCUUCACAGAAGAAGCCACAUUCUAUGACAAGCGGUGCGACCUGUGGAGCCUAGGUGUGAUUUUGUAUAUCAUGCUAAGUGGCUAUCCUCCAUUUGUGGGUAAUUGUGGUACAGACUGUGGCUGGGACAGGGGAGAAGUCUGCAAAGUUUGUCAGAAUAAGCUUUUUGAGAGUAUCCAGGAAGGCAAGUAUGAGUUCCCUGACAAGGAUUGGUCUGGUAUCUCCAGUCAAGCCAAAGAUCUCAUCUCAAAGCUCCUGGUUCGUGAUGCCAAACUGAGGCUUGGCGCUGCCCAGGUUCUAAAACAUCCCUGGGUACAAGGUCAUGCUUCUGAAAGAGGCUUACCUACACCCCAGGUUCUUCAAAGGAACAGCAGCACAAAAGAGUUGACUCUUUUUGCCGCUGAAGCUAUUGCUCUGAACCGCCAACUCUCCCAGCAUGAAAAUCAACUCAGUGACGAACAGGAAAGCCUCACACAGGCCAUGUGCUCCAUGAAGCUUUCUCCUCCCUCUAAAUCCCGCCUUGCCAAACGUAGAGCCAUGGCCCAGGCUACCAAAUCCAGUGACUUCCAGCCAGCUCCUCAGGCAGCUCUUUAAUGUACAUUUUAUGUUUAUUAAUUCAAGGUUAGCAUUGGUUAUAAUUGUGGUAAGGUACUCAUCACCAAUCAGUAUACUCUGUUUCCCCCAAAAUAAGACAUCCCCUGAUAAUAAGCCCAAUCGCUUAUUUCAGGGUUCAACAAAAUAUAAGAGAGGGUCUUAUUUUCGAGGAAACACAGUAUUAGUAUUAGUUUCUUUACAACAAAGAAAUUUUAGAACAAAACUUGGAGGAGAAUGAUGUAAAGGACAGUUUCUUUGGAUUUUUUUUUUAAAUAAAUGCUUUGAAUUCUGUGAAGUUCUUAGAUAAAAUUGCUGCUCUGUUGCAAUAUAACAAACCACUUAGGCAAUAUUUGCACACUCCCGUCCAAAACCAGAGGAUAUAUCUCUAUUGCCAAGCCUUGGAACUAAUAGAACUCCGAAUUUAAAGGGUAUUGAGGGAUCUUUCAGUAUUUUUACCACUCCAAGUCCCUACUUGCAGUCACAAAAAAUUGUAAUGGGUUUCUUUUAGAGAAACUUCAUUGUUCUGGUUUUUUUUUUUUUUUAGCUUUCUUUGUCUAUUAAUAGUUUGAGUUAAACUUCAAAGGACAUUAAUAAUAAUUCAUUACUGUUGGGGUUGCAUCUAAUGUUGUUACCCUUUAUAAUAUUACCGGGGUGUCUAUUUUAAGAAUGAAGGUUAUUUAAUCUGGAGUUUCCUUUUUUUCCUUCCUUCCUUCCUUUCAUCAGAAAAGGUAGAGUACAUGAAAGUGCAUUGAUAAUGUGAGGCAUUUUUUUAAGAAACUGUCUACAAUAAAAAACGACAGAUCUUGGAGCUGAAGAGCUAGUAAAGAAUGAUCUCCUUGCUAAACUUUGGCAGAGAAUGAAGCAUGAACCUCCAUUUCAUUACCUUUAAAACAAGGAAUGAGCGCAUUUAAAAAAUACCUCCUUGAUUUGUUCCCAUACUGUAAGCAUGGAACCAAGAGAGGGAUUUGAUGCCAGUCCAUCAUCCUUGGUCUUUUGAGUCAUCAUUUGAAUCAUUAUUCCGCAUCUGCUAUUGGAGACCAUCACAGUUAAAGUGAUGGUCUCUUUAAAGUUAAAAUAAUUACAGUUCCUGUUCAACUUGAAAAUAGAGCAAGUGGCUGACACACACAUGCACUCAGGAGGCCUUUCCUUUUUCUGGUCACCUUGAAUACUUGAGAAAAAAGCACUUAAUUGUUAACUGUGAAAUAUUUAAGUAUGUGCCAUUUUGAUCAGUUUUCCUAUCUCUGUAGGCAAGCAGCUAGAUCCAUAUAGAGCUGGACAAAUCAGCAUAGACUUGGAGUGGUUCUUGCUGUUGAGACGUAUAUUCCAUAGUUUAUCUUAUAUAAGGACAGUAAAAGUGAAAGUGGAGAAAGGGAUUUCUAUAGCCAGAUUUUUCCAUUAUCAGUUGCAAAUAAUUGCUCAUGCAUUAAUGUUAGGCCUCUCAUACACAUUCAGAGAGAGAGAGAGAGAAAUGCACACACAUACACAUAUAUACAUCAAUUAAGCAGUCUUACAACUUGAACCUUGGAAGACCUAGUUCAGUGUAAAUGUUAGAUGGCAAGACAACUUAGGACUGCAAAGUCAGGUUUUUAUUUUAAAAUACAGUGUACAAUUGUGGCUAAAUUCUCAUGCGAUCACUCAUGAUUACAAUAGUCAUUUUAAACUUACAUUUAGGAAUUGAACAUCUUACAAAUCUUUGGAAAGCUAUUCAUCUCAUGGAAAUUCAUUAAAAAAAUAAAAAAUUGGAAAUUUAGGCCAGUGCAUUACAUAAAGCAGGAAUUAUCUAAUAUUUGAAGAUCAGUAUUAAUACCGAUGGAGUAGGAAGAUAAAUCCAACAACUUUAGAAGAAUACUGAGGUUUUCCAAAAUUUGCCUGUCAAAUAACUUCACGCUCUGCCUUUAAAUAUAAUUUCUAUGUUUUAUACACUUUUAAGUUAGUAGUGAUGAUAAAAACAUGUACAAAGGGUGCUGCGCUUAAGGUUUUUAUAUAUUGUACAUUUAAUAAUGUUGGUUUUUAAAUACUGUUAAAUUGCUGUUACAUUUGUAAUGUACUCCGUGGUUAACUGUGAAAGCAUUGGAUAAACUCAGGAAAUAUCUCCAUAUGACACAUUAUUGCAGUGUAACGAAAAUUAAAUUUGUCUAAUUUAUAAAC